AUGUCUUAUCCAGCCUUGACAAUCCUCUUUGCUGAUAUGAACAGAAACAUUGCAAAUCCACUCGCUUAUCUUACUUAUCAAUCAGUUGCUGUUUGGGAUAGAUUAGAUACGCCGAAACAUACUAGAACAAAUCGUCCAGGCCAGAAAUCAAUACAAGUAUUGAACCAAUAUAUUGGAAUUGAUAUUGGGAAAUGUUAUCUCUGUGGCCGUCUCUGUGUCAAUCUCAGUUAUGUAUGUUGGUCUUCUCCACAACUUUUAUAUAAUUGUCGUAUGGUCAUGAUAACUAGAGAGCAGGCACUCUGCAUGCUUCAUUGUGCACCCUAUAAUAACGAAAAUACCAAAAAGUAUGUUCAGAUGGCUGAUAAUUUAGAAAAUUUAAAAAACUGUUAUGUCAACGAUCCGAUGGAACCUAUGAUUAUCUCAAAUCUCAAAAUCAAUAACCAGCCUUUCCGUUAUAAAAGAUAUUCUAGCAAAAAAAAGGUUAAUUAUGAUCAAGUAAUUGACUUCAUAAAUUCAGUAUACCUUCCUUGUGAUUCAGUAAAUCCAGAGAAAAACACAGACAGUUUGGGAAUAUGGCUCAAAUUAUCAAAGGCCAGCCUUUUGGACGCCCCAGAUACUAAAAGAGUCAUUGUGACGGAUAGUGGUGAAAGUGAAACGGUUCGGUUUCGAGAUCUAUUUGUAAUCAAAGAUGAAUUCAUAAGUAGCUUGAAAGAACAAAACUUUCGUAUAAUUGGCUAUGCACGCAAAUCAAAUGGGUCGGAAAAAGAAGAAGUUAAGGUGAACUUGUUGCAUCAAAUGUGUAAUAGAUUAAAAUCAAGGUCGCUAGUAGAUCAUGUUUUCGUCUCAUAUAGUUGCAAAGCUAACGACUGUAUCCAUGAGCGUGAUCAAGUAAAACAAGAAGAAAUAAUAGCAAAGUUACAGGCUGAUGGUGAUACAGGUGAAGCUUAUUUUGCAUUUAAUCGAUAG